GUUUACGAAUUUUGUUUGUUUGUUCAGGACACAGUGGAGAGCAUGGUUCGUUCAGCACAAGACAAGUGCCCUAACGUGCUCAGUGAGGAGAAGGUGGUUAAUGAUGUCAGAGCUGCCUGCCUUGCUAAGUCACAGCUCUCCUAUGAUCUUGUGGAGUCGGCCAUCGUGGAACAAGCAGGAUCAGUUAUUUUGAAUAAGGUCAAUGAAGUCAAUUUAGCAAUUGCAUCAACUGUGUCAGACCGUGUAAUUGAUGAAGUUGUUGAGUCUUUAUCCAAAACUUGUAAAAAUCUGAUUUUGGCCUUGGACCCUGAAAGGGUUAAGACGAGGUUUGAUAAAGCUCAUGGAGCGGGGAGAGAGAGGGCCCAGUAGCAACCGGUGAAGAGGCGGGGCCAGGAGCUAAGACUCGACCCCUGCAACCACAAAUAGGUGAGUACA